UUCGGUCCCCGGGCCACCAGGCAGCCGCGCUUGGGCGGGAGGACAGAUCGCCCGGGUCGGUUGUAGCGCGGCCAUGGGCUCCGGAGGCUCCAGCGCGGCGCAGAUCCCCGACGCGGACAGCAUUCGGCGGGAGACGGGCUUCUCUCAGUCCAGCCUGCUCCGCCUCUACCACCGGUUUCGGGCCCUGGACAGGAAUAAGAAGGGCUACCUGAGCCGCGUGGACCUGCAGCAGAUAGGGGCGCUGGCUGUGAACCCCUUGGGGGAUCGCAUUAUAGACAGCUUCUUCCCUGAUGGGAGUCUACGAGUGGAUUUCCCAGACUUUGUCAGAGUCCUGGCUCAUUUCCGACCUGUAGAUGAGGAGGACACAGGAACCCGGGACCCCAAUGAACCUGAACCCCUCAACAGCAGAAUGAACAAACUUCGCUUUGCAUUUCAACUUUACGAUCUGGAUCGAGAUGGAAAGAUUUCCAGGCAUGAGAUGCUACAGGUACUCCGUCUGAUGGUCGGGGUACAGGUGACAGAAGAGCAGUUGGAGAGCAUUGCUGACCGCACGGUGCAGGAGGCUGAUGAAGAUGGAGAUGGGGCUGUGUCCUUCCUGGAGUUUACCAAGUCCUUGGAGAAGAUGAACAUUGAGCAGAAGAUGAGCAUCCGGAUCCUGAAGUGACCUUCUAUGUGUGUCUGGCCAGCUUGAAAAGACCAGUUCUGCCUGGGGUUCAUCCUCAGCCUCCAUGAAGGAAUGGGCUCCAAUAAACUGCAUUCUUACAUCUACACUGAACUCUAUUUAGAGUCAAGGAGACAAAGCUGGAUAGGUGUGUACUAAAGUCUAACUCAUUUGAUUUCUGAUCUGCAAAUUGGCCAACAAUUUUUUGGUUGCAAGUAACUAAAGUGCUAAAUCAAAAGGACUUCAGUUAAAAAGGGAUUUGGUGGACUCAUAAAAGUGGGGAAGUGUCUUUGGGUACAGCUGGAUCCAAGAGCUCAGAUGAUGCUAUCUGGACUCGGUUAUUCUCCAUCUCUCACUCAGAUAUUUUGUAUGUGUUGGCUUCAUUCUAGAAGGGGUCUUUCCCCAUGGUGGAGGAUGGCCACCAUCAGCUCCAGGCUUCCUCAGUAACCCAGUGGGAACAGAUUUUCUUUUUCAAUAAAUUCAAGCAAAGAGUGUCAUCAGCUCACUGGGGCCUGUCCCUUCUUCAGGGGAAUGGAAUGUUCUGAUU